CGCCCAGCACUACAACUCCCAGCCUGCCCCGCGGCCCCAAGAAGCCCGCCGGGGAUUGGCUGGGGCGCUGGGGAAUUCCCCGGGCCCCGAAAUCCCCUUCAUGGGCCCAGCCUGAGCCAGCGGCGCCGGCCCGGGCAUGGCAGCGGCGCCCCGCGAGCCGCAGGGUUAGGGUGGGUCCCACAGUAAUGGCGGAGCUGCAGCAGCGGGCCCCGCCGGCCGGGCUGGGCGAGGCCAAGCGGCCGGAGGCGGGCGAGGACUGGUGCGACAGCGGCCUGGGCUCGCUGAGCGAGGGGCAGCUCAGCCAGAUCCAGGAUGGCCUGGGGCCCCCCCCGGAGAAGCCCCCGCACCCUGCCGCCGCCGUGACCUCUGACCCCUGCCCCGGGGGGCGCCCCGUGACCUCUGACCCCGGUGGCCCCAGGACCCCUGACUCCUGCGAGCGCCUGGACUCUGCCCUGGGCGACUCCCUGGGCGAGGAGGAAGCCGGCUGGGGGGCGGCCGUGGGGCAGGCGGUGGGGGCCAUCACCCAGGGCGUGGAGGCCGUGCGGCUCGGGGAGCCCGCGCCCCGGGCUGGGGAGACGCCCGCGGUGGGCCCCGAGGACUGGCUGCACCACGUCCUGGGCUUCGUGACCGAGGACGGGGAUACAGCCCUCCACCUGGCAGUGAUUCAUGAGCAUGAGGCCUUCCUGGAUUCUAUCCUGCAGUACACGGCCGGGACGGAAUACUUGGAUCUGCAGAACGACUUGGGCCAGACGGCACUGCACAUUGCUGUCAUCCUCGGCGCCUCCAACUUUGUCCGCAAGCUGAUGGCAGCCGGGGCGGGGCUCUGCAUGCAGGAGAAAGCUGGCCACACAGCGCUGCACCUGGCAUGCCGGGAGGGCUGGCGGGACUGCGCACAGUGGCUCCUGGCAUCGCUGAGCGGGCACAGGCCUGGCGAGGGGAAUGAUGCCUGCGCUCAGUUGGACUGCACCAAUUAUGACGGUUACACGCCACUGCACGUGGCUGUCCUGCGGAAGGACCUCGAAGUGGUCAAGCUCCUUGUGGGUGCCGGAGCCGAUCUCAACAAGGCGGAGCUGAGCUGUGGGCGGAGUCCCCUCCACUUGGCGGUGGAGUCGCAGAGCCCGGAAGUGGUGGAGUGCCUGCUGCGCGCCGGAGCGGACCCGCGGGCCCGGAUGUACGUCGGUUACACCCCCAUCUAUAGCGCCGUGCACCGGCCCAACCAAAAGAUCUUGCAGCUGCUCCGGGAGUUCGGCUCGGAGGAGCCCGACUGGGAUUCGGAGGAAAGCCUGGCUGACAGCAGCGACGAGGAAUACGACGACAUCGUCAUCAACAGUGGACACUAUAAGAACUGACGGGGCCUGGCCGGCAUCGCCUGCAGCGUGAGCCGUUACCCAUCUCCAUAAAAGACUCGCGUCCUGCUCUGCCGCUGUGGGAAUAAAUUUUGGCAGUGGCUCAAUCUCUCCGUUCCCAGCUAGUUCCAACUAUUUAUCCAAAAGCUGUGGGCUCUGGCAAAGCUCAGUGUAAAGCUCCCGCUGCUUGGAACCAGUAGCCAAAGUUCACCAGAGCUUUGAUCUAAUCCGUUUAUUUCCCCCCUCCCUUGUUCGUUUUCUUCUGUGUUUUAGUUUAGUCAGUUUAUAUCGAGUUAUUUUGAUUACGUUAAAAUAAAAUGGUAUUUCGGCACCUGCUGCUCGUUGCAGUCGCAGCUGGGCUGGAUUGUCAGCAGGAUUUCUCUGCUCGCUGCAUCUUUUGCCCUGUCGAGCCUUUGGCCGUUUGCUUUCGAAGCGGGAGUGACAUCCCUACCCGUGCAAGGGGUCUUGCUGGAGUCCACGGAUGCUGGUCCCAUAACCAAGCAAUUCGGGUCAGUGGGGAGCUGCACAGAAUGGGGGGCGUUUCCAGCUGGCUUUUAGCUGCCUUUCAUACCCCAUGGGCCUGUUUGCUUUUAUCUUGAGAAGCAGUGAGCACCGCCUUACUCCAGCUGGAUUUAGUACUUGGGGCCGGAUUCUUUUUAGCUGCUUCCAUCUAAGCACCUAACUGAGGCGGAUGGAUUUUCAUGAGCGCUGUGCAGCCCUGGGCUCCUCCCCCAGCUGUAAGGACCAGGAUGAGUGAGUGCUCUUGAAAAUCUGGGCCUCUGUUAGCGUUUAGGGUAGACAGGGCAAUAGCUCCGACUCAGGGUAGGAGGAUCGAAACAGGCAGGGUGGGGGAGAAGUUCACAGGAGGAGCAGAUGAGGCUGAUGGGAAGAAUGGGGGGGGGGAGUCUGUUCUGAGCAGAGGAGGGAAGAGAGGCCAAAGAGAGAGACCUUUUAGAUCUCAAAGAUGGGGGCGUGAGGUUAGAAAGAGUCAGGGUGUGUUUGGAGCUGUCUGAUUUGGGUCAGACGUGGAGAAAGAGGGACGGCGUCUGUGCCGUCUGGUGUAGGAACAGGGCCUCUCUUGUACCUGGCCAGUCUUGGCUGCUUCUAAGCAGCUCCGCCAGCACUGCAAGAUGGGACCAUCUUCAUUCCUUUCCCUGAGGAGUUGGUUUUCUUCCUCUGUGGUUGUUGACUGGCUGUAAAGCUUCGUUCGUGCUAUACUUGGCGGUGGGUGUCAAUAGGGUCUCUUCUAGAGCUGCGCGGGAAGCGGUUUUCCCAUCCUAUGAAUGUUUUUGGAGAGCAAAACAUUUGCCUGCCUCAAAAUUGGGCUGAAAAUUUCCAUCUCCGCCUUUCCUGAGCAGAAGGGCUGAAGAUAAUUUCAGUUGAGGCGUUAAGAUUUUGAUUGUUUUGUAAGUCUGAAUUUAUUCAUUUCAAAACCAAAAGUUGUUUUGACUCCAAAACUGGAAACUUCCCUUGUUAAAACAGGACAUUUGACUGGUUUUAAACCCCCACCCCGCUCCCAGUGUUUUGAACUGAGCAAGUCUGCCAAAGAGGCCCUGUUCACGCUUUGGCUUUGACAAAUGGACGUGGUUUUUUUUCCCCCAGGGGUGGGAACGGUUUGUCAGAUUCCCGACUAGCUCUGAUCUUUGCAUCUAACACCGUGGACCCUCAAUGGAGACUGGACCACUGGGUGCUGCACUGUCUGAAAUUGCUUCUGUUUGCUGGGGGGUAAUUUUGGAAGAGCCGCCCUAAGCAGAUCUGAGACUUGAUUUAGAAACUGGCUGCAUUAGUUACAGAUGGCUUUUCAGUAAGACCUACUCCCCAUUGGAGCUUUGGAAGGGUGCGGGGAGAAAAGAUUUAAUUCUAAACAAAAUCCUCAUUCACCAAGGCUGCUGUUUCCUCCUUUACAUUCUCACGCUUCUUGUAAAUGAAAACACAGGCCAAAACGUAAGGGAAGAUGGGGGCUCUCGGUUUUUUAGGGUGCGGGGGUUAAUUCUCAAGCGCCGAGCACCUUAGCUGACAUCAAUGUGAUCUCAGUACCAGGAGGUGGGGGCGGGGGGAGCCUGGACUCAGUAGCCUUCCUGGGAAGUGAGGUUGGAUUUUUAGUUCACUUGCCCCAGUGCGAAGGACUGAGGGACCUGACUCUGUUAGAGUCAAUAAUACUUUUCAAGUGGAGCAGGAUUGAGCCCUCUUGGCCUCCGUACUUAUUUACUAAAGGGCUUGUCUAACACACAAGUUGUAGCACUUCAACACCACCUGGCUCUCUGCAGCAGGAGAUGACAACAGAGGUCAGGCUCAUUGUCCCCAUUUUACAGAUGGGGACAUGGAGGCACAAUGAGUUGCCCAAGGUCACCCAGUGGCCAAACAGGGAGUAGAACCCAGGUUCAACAAGUCCCUGGUCCAGGGCUCUAUGCACUAGGCCACGCUGCCUCUUUGUGUCUGUCUAGUUAAAGUUGGACAAUCCCAUCUGUGGGCAAGCAGUUCUACUGACACAAAGGUGCUUUAUUUCCCCUCUGGGAAGGGGAAUGGGCUGUACCAAUGUAAGGCACCUCUAGACCAGUCUAACUGUCCACACUAGCGGCUGUACUGUCUUGCUAUCAGUAAACCCCCCCACCCCCCUCCAAGUGACGUAGUUCUGCUGUUACAAACAUUGCUGCAUGGAGCAGGCCUCAGACCUGGUGGUCUUGGAAUGGACAGACUGAUCCCCAGCCCCCUGAACGGGUUUUGAUCCAUUGGAGGAGGGACGCUGUUCACGAGGCCCCACCCACUUUAGCUCCCGAAAGCAGCCUGGUCCCUGGCUGAUUGUUCUCUACCACCGGGCUGAAGAGGCUGCCGCAUUCUUCUCCCAGCAGAAGGGAAAUGGCUUUUUCUGUGUAAGCUGGGUCUGUGUCUAGAGACACAGAGCCCCCAUAACUCUCGUCCAGUGCGUGUUUUUAGCUAUGUUGUGAGUUUUGUAUGAGCUGUCGUCUAACUUUAUACGGUUCUG